UAAAGAUAGUACGCUGUCCUACACUACUGCUUUCGGAUGUAUUCCAAUGAAAUAUCUUGGCGGAGCUGUCGUACUAUUGCGCAGAUGUGAGACUGCAUGCAAGAGUGUUCAGGCACCUAUCUUCCAACUUAUUAUGAUAUGUCAAGUCACAAGACAGUGCAAUGCAACUUGACGUUCUUUGAAUUACUUUUCCUGCAGCGGUUACAGACAUCCAGCACUUUGUCGGUCUUUUAUCAAGUCUCAAAUCAGAUCUAUACUUGAACUCAAGACCUGUCAUCUUCAAAACGCGUCGCCCUGAACUCCGGAGUGGACAAAUCUUUUCAUUGAAAAAGCUGUCAGAUUUAAGAGGAACUUGUAAUAACUUGUCAUACGCGUUUAUUUUUUCAAAAACAAGCAACACUAUGGAUUUCUCAUUCUGCCGCCUAAUAUGUCUUCAAAUAGGUCUAACUCUGUUACAUCAAAGGGUAGAUUCCAAUGAGAUUCUAGGUCUGAAAAUCCCCAAUAUUGAUCCCAUUCUCAAUGCCAACACUGUAUGCCUGACUCUGCCGGGUCUGAACCGCAGACAACUGGAUGUGUGUAUGAGAAACCCAGACGUCACUGCCUCGGCCAUCCAAGGCAUUCAGAUCGCCAUCCAUGAGUGCCAGCACCAGUUCCGAGGGCAUAGGUGGAACUGCUCUAGCCUGGAGACAAGGAACAAGAUCCCAUACGAUAGUGUGGUUUUCAAACGAGGUUUCAGAGAGAGUGCCUUUGCGUACGCCAUCGCGGCGGCGGGCGUGGUCCACGCCGUGUCCAAUGCUUGCUCCAUGGGGAAACUGAAAACGUGCGGCUGUGACGAGAAACGUCGAGGAGACGAGGAGGCUUUCCGCAUCAAACUGAACCGCUUGCAGUUGGAGGCCAUACACCGUGGGAAGGGCAUGGUGCACGGAGUCAUGGAGCACUUCCCCGCUGACCUGCAUGGACCACAGGACUCGUGGGAGUGGGGAGGCUGCAGUCCCGACGUGGACUUUGGGGAGAAGUUCUCCAGAGACUUCCUGGACUCGCGCGAGACAUACAAGGACAUCCAUGCCAGAAUGAGGCUACACAACAACAGAGUAGGCAGGCAGGUGGUGGUGGACCACAUGAGACGCAAAUGCAAAUGCCACGGUACAUCGGGGAGCUGCCAGCUGAAGACCUGCUGGCAAGUAACUCCAGAAUUCAGGGUGGUGGGCUCGCUGCUCAAGGAGCGUUUCCACAUAGCCACCCUCAUCAAAGCCCACAACAGGAACACGGGCCAGCUGGAACACCCGCAUCACCCUACACACAGAAGGAGAGCCAACCUCAACGAGCUGGUCUACUUCGAGAAGUCGCCGGACUUCUGCGAGAGGGACCUCCGGUCCGACUCGGCCGGAACGCAAGGGAGGAUCUGUAACAAGACGAGUCCGGAGAUGGAUAACUGUGAAAGCCUCUGCUGCGGGCGAGGCCACAACAUCUUACAGCAGACGCGCAGCGAACGAUGCAACUGCAAGUUCCACUGGUGCUGUUACGUGGUCUGCGAGGAGUGUCGAGUGACAGAGUGGGUCAGCGUCUGCAAAUGAAGAAAUGCAGAAAGAAUAAGAAUAGACCUUUUUCUUCUUACAACUGGGAAAGACUGCAAUAGAACCCUUCCCUCAGCAAUGGACUGCCAUUUCCUUUAGUAGAAUGGAACGCACAAAACAAUACUGGAAAAUAACCAGUUCAAUGAGGUGCACAAUCAGUGUCCACAGCAUGUGUCCGGCCACCAUAGUUCAGAGUGCCUGGAUCUGCACUGCCUCUCAUCUCCAAAAAUGUUGUUGUUGUUAAUAAAUUAGAUUAAAGACAGUUGAGAACUAUGGAAUAAUAGUGAUAACUGAGCACUCAUUAAUUUAAACUAGGAUUUCGAAAAAGUAGAGCUGAUUAGGUUAUCUCCCGACAUAAAACAACUGCAUGGGAUUCCGGUAAUUUAAGAAGAUUAAAAAAGCUGCAAAUAAGGAAAAAGAAUGUUUUAGAAUGUUAUAUCUGCUAUUGUUUUAUGUUCAGAGCCACAAGUUAAACAUGUUAACUCAUUUGGAUUGUUUUGUAAUGUUUCAGGUUACAAAAUGUGCCAAAUCAGUGCAGGGCAAAUUCCGACUUUGAAAUGUACACCAUUCCUAUGCACUUAUCAGUAGUUAAUAUUUACAGACAUACCUUUGGCAGACAUGUAACACACUCUACAGGUGUGGCUACCUUGCACGCACUGAAUAUAUUUCAUUCAAAUGCUGAAGACCCUCCCACGUGCUGGCUUUCAUUCAAUCAGGAUUUAAAAACAUUUAUCUGAAGCCAUCUCAUUAAAUCUGGUGUAACUUUGAAGGGAAAAUCUGCCACUAGACACUAUUUUUUCAUCUCCCUAGAUAAUUAUGAGUGAUUGGAGGUGUUUCAGAAAUACUUUUGGACCACAGCAGUAUUUUCAAAUACCAGCAGAGUUCAACCUAUGCUAUUGGUUGGUUUAGCCUGCUGUCUGAUCUAAAGAUGAAUGGAAUCAUGUUUUGUAGCAAUUAUUGUGGCCUUUGUGUUUUGCUGAUUGCUCGAUCACAUUAGUGGCAGGUAGAUAUGGUUGUCCUUGUACAAGAUAGCCAUGUUCCUAUCAGCCACGAAAUUGCAGGAUAGCUAGGUUGACUCAUUUUCUUCCCUGUCAAAUUGUGUUUCCACUCUGGUGUGUUUCCAAAGUGGGGGCAGUGCAAAUUUCACAGAUUCUCAGGGGCUUGAUAGCUAACUAGUCUUUUUGAGAUUACGAAAAAAUGGCUACUUUUGAUGAUUUCCAAUUGCAAUGUAAUUGCUAUGAAAUUCUUAUAUAUAAUUAUUGUGGUUUGCUUACAACCUGCAAAUGUCAACAGCCCGUUUCUAUCAGUGAAAGUAGAAAUGCUUGUAUUUGCCUAAUCAGUUGUGGAAAUUCACAAUUUUCAUGGUUCAGUUCAGUUGUGAAAUUUUACAUGUUCUGUUCUUCAGCUCAUGGCUAUCUUGGUCUCCACACUGAUGACAAGUAUUACACCAUGUAUCAAGUAAGGUUCAGUUGGAACCGUUCCAUAUGGAAGUAUUGUGGAAAGGUUUAAGGACAGUUUCUUCACAUUUCUUCUGGCCAUCUCACAAGAUAUCAAUAACCUUUUGGACAACACAAGAAAUUCAUACUUUUUAUUAUGCUAAUUGUUCAUUUAUAUUGUAGUGUUUUUCAGAGCAAGGAAAUAAUGACACUUCUCAUGUGUCUUCAAACUUUUGCACCCCAAAAAUAAUGCUACAGUAUGGUAUUUGUAAAUAUAGUAUUUACAGUAAGGGAACUAACAUAAAAUUGACAUUUAAAUAUGUGGUUGCUAGGCAUACAGAUUACCCAUACUGAUAGUAGCUAUAUUUAACAUAGUAGAAAUAGGAAAUUGAAAGAAAGUCAAAGUAUGUCAUUAACAUUUUGGAAUAGCAACCAAAGAUUAAAUGUAGCGUAACUGUUAUUGUGCAAUGUUUUGCAUCCAUUUAUCAUCCUCCAUUUGUCUUGUCUUUGGAUGUCAUCCCUUAUAAUUCUUACAAGACCAUACAAUUUGUAAAUAUGGCAAUAUGACACAAUUUUUGAUAAAUAUCCCUGAUAAAUAUCAGUGUGGCCAAGAUUAUCUGUUGAUAUAUUUCAGUUUGAUUCAGAUGUGUCUAACCUGUUUUACUGAUAGUUCAGUUAGUAAAUAAUAGUGCAUGGGGAAUGGUGUUAAUUCAGUUGGAUAAGAAGAAAGUAGAUGUUCCACCCGGAACCUUUAGGUUCCCUUAUCAUUUAAUCGGGUAUAAGAGGGUGAAAUUAUGAGGUGUAUACAGUAGCCUAUCUAUAUAAUAUGGUGUAUACAGUAGCCUAUCUUGCUCUAUCACAACUGAGAGAAGUGCAAAAAACCUAAGCAAAGUUGAUUUACGUGCAUUUAUCUCAGUUUGGAAUUCCCCCUACUCUAUAUCCAUCUGCCAAAUUGUUACCAUGUCACUCAAAGCAUAUUUGUCCAUACAAAAAAACGAAAGGACUAGUGUAGACUGUUGCGGGUGUUCUCUUUCAAGGAUGGAGUUGUUGUGAAGACAUAGGAUCAAGGGGUCAAUUGAGACCUGACUCCUUCAACAGAAUGGACAGAAGACAAAGCCAGAGGGCAAUGGUGGAUCCGAGAGUCAUGUCUGGGAGGCUGAAACAAUGAAAAAACUGGGCCAACUGGUCUGUGCUGCUUUUGGUGCAGUUAGUAGUUGCGAACUCUGGUCAUCAAUAGUCAUGCCUUCACACUACUGUUAUAGUCAAUGAAAUAAAGCACUACCAUUGCCUCAAAGGUUUUAUGCAAUUACGUUUAAACGUUAUACAAUUAUUUAAAAAAAACACCACUUGAGUUUGUACUGACAACUGGUUCAUGUAAGUACAAACCUAAAACUCAGCGCAAAUACUGGUAUAUGGUUGUUGUCUAUAUUCUUGUUUGCCAGUAAGUCUAUUGUUUGUGUUGUGUCUUAUGAAAAUGAAAUCUCCCCAUAGAAUAUAUCCAUAUACAUUUCAUCAAAGAUCUUGUCAGUCAGUGUAAUUUAUUAUCAUGAGCAAAGCUACAGUACAUUGUGUCUGUUCAAAAAAACUGAAAAUGUGUUACUAGUAUAUUAGCACAGAUUAUUUUUUGAUGCAGAUUAGUAGUUUGCACUUGCAUUUUUUCCAGAGAACUUGUAUUUAGGGGAUGAAACAGCAAUAUGCAUUUUGUUAUAAAGUUAUUAAUUUACUUGUUUGAUGGUCAUGUUUAUUUUCUAAGUUAUUUUAUUUUUGUGGAUAACUUAAUAUUUGCAAAACAAUAAAGAACUAAAGUAUAAAAGGGACUUUAAUGUGAUGAAAAAUUUCAUUUGUUUUUUAAAUA